UCUCACCAAAAACACUAUCACAACCUGCGACAAAAUUUUAAGAAUUUAGUAUUUAUUUGACUUGUUGCAAUUAAAGACGUGAUUUUCUUAAAAAAAAUUUUUUUUUGAAAUAAAUUAAUUUUUUUAUACGAACUUAUUCACAAUAAUGAAUAAAAUUGGUAAAAUUGGUUUCUUGGGUGGUGGCAAAAUAGCUCAGGCUAUGGCAAAUGGUUUUAUAUCGGCCGGUUUAACUAAACCAGAAUCAAUUAUGGCUAGUGUUCAUCCCUCUGAUUCUAUAUCACUGCAAUCAUUUCAGAAACUUGGCGUUGAGACUUUAACAAAAAAUGACCCGGUCAUUGAAAAAUCAAAUAUUAUUUUCAUUUCUGUUAAACCUCAAGUUGUACCACAAGUUUUAGCCGAAGUUAAAUCAAAAAGUAAUGAAAAGCUAUUUAUCUCUGUAGCCAUGGGUGUUACCAUCAAAACAUUGGAACAGAACCUCUCUCCCACCUCACGUGUGAUACGUGUAAUGCCCAAUACACCAGCUCUAGUACAAUCGGGUUGUUCAGUAUUUGUACGUGGUUCAAAGGCCACCGAUGAAGAUGCAAAAAAUACUCAAAAACUAUUGGAAGCCAUUGGUACAUGUGAAGAAGUCGAUGAAUAUCUAUUGGAUCCCAUAACAGCUCUAAGUGGUAGUGGACCGGCCUACGUAUUUGUAAUGAUUGAAGCGUUAGCUGAUGGUGCAGUACGUAUGGGUAUACCACGUGAUAUGGCCUAUCGUUUAGCCUCUCAAACUGUUAUGGGUUCAGGACAUUUGGUGAGAGACUCCAAAGAACAUCCUGGUUUGCUGAAAGAUAACGUAACAAGUCCGGCGGGUUCAACAGCAGCUGCUUUAAAACAUUUAGAAGAAGCUGGCUUCAGGGCAGCAGUUGCUGGUGCAGUGGAGGCAGCUACACUAAGAUGCCGUGAAAUGUCCAAAGAAUAAUAGCGAUAAAAAGUCGAUUAAGUUUAGGAAAAUUUAAUUUAUUUUUAUAAUAAAAAUAAAACUCAUUAUUACUAUAUAAGAAAAAUCUA